GUCACGAGUCGCACCUACAACAGCACCGAAUUGCUCUCCCGGAUGCGUCCGAACCCACUCGCCGUUGUCCACUUGCGCCUCCCGCGAUAUGUGAAACGAGCGACGCUCCCACGCCCUUUCCGCAUCACAGCCCUCUCCAUCCGCGCCAUGGCCGACUGCGCCGCCGACAGCACCGCCAACAGCAUCGCCGACUUGAGUGCGCCGCCCGCCGAGGGGCAGCGCAUCAAGCACAACAAUGUUGUGUAUACCACCGUCAAGGAGGGGAUGGCUCACAUCCUGAUCCCCGAGGACUCGGUCAAGGACGGCCAGACCGUGCAGCAGGUCUUCUACAACCCGAUCCAGCAGUUCAACCGCGACUUGACCGUGCUCGCCAUCAAGGCCUACGGACGCCAGCGCAUGGAACAGAAGCAGGCCGCCAACAAGCUCCGCGCCGACAAGUUUGCCGACAAGAAGCGGAAGCGCAAGGAGCAGGCGCAGGCGCAGGCGCAAGGCGAACGGCCGGCCAAGUCUCCGAAACUGGCCGACGCCGCGGCCGCCGAGGCACAACCAGAUGUCGAAAUGCCGGACGCAGCACAAGAGCAAGCCCCCGAGGAUCCCACGCCCACCGAAGAGCAGCCCGCAGAUGAUGCUGCCGCAGCACAAGACAACGGAGCGCCUGCGGACAAAGGCGAGAUUCCAAAGAAGGAUUCUGCGCCUCCAUUCACAAUCCUCGAUGCCCUCUCCGCCAGCGGGCUCCGCGCUUUGCGCUAUGCCCACGAGAUCCCGUUCGCCACGGCCGUGACGGCAAACGACAUUCUCAAGACAGCCGCCGAGGCGAUCGAGCGGAACGCCGCGCACAACGGGCUCACCAGCAAGAUCAACAUCUCGGUAGACGACGCCCUGGCGCACAUGUACGAGGUCGUGGUGCGGGAGGCGCGCAGAGCCGCGUUUGGCAAGGGCAAGGCGGCAAAGUACGACGUGAUCGAUCUGGACCCCUACGGGACCGCGGCUCCCUUCCUCGACUCCGCCGUGCAGGCGGUGCGGGACGACGGCGGCUUGCUCUGCGUCACCUGCACGGACUCGGGCGUCUGGGCCUCGAACGGCUACCCGGAGAAGUGCUACUCCCUGUACGGCGGUGUCCCGGUGAAGGGCUGGUACUCGCACGAGGUGGGGCUGCGCCUCAUCCUACACGCCAUUGAGACAGCGGCUGGAAAAUACGGCCUGGCGAUGGAGCCGCUGCUGUCGCUGUCGGUCGACUUCUACAGUCGCAUCUUUGUCCGGAUCAGGAAGUCCCCGUCCAUGGUCAAAUUCCAGGGAGGGAAGAACAUGAUCGUAUACAGUUGCGGCAGCGGGUGCGGCGCCUGGACGACGCAGCUGAUCAUGAAAAACAAGCCGGUGCCGAACAAGAAGGGCAGCGGGAUCUUCUACAAGCACGGCUUCGAAAGGGCUCCGACGACGGGCACGUCCUGCGAGCACUGCGGAUCGGUGAUGCACCUCGCGGGGCCCAUGUAUGCCGGACGCCUCCAUUCGCUCGAGUUCAUCAAGAGCGUGAUCGCCGAGGUCGAGGAAGCGGACCCCAAGAUCUACGGGACCAAGGGCAGAAUCAGGGGCAUGCUGCAGACGGCGCUGGAGGAAUUUCUACCUUCGCCCGAGGAGAUGAAGGCCGGCGAGUCGGAGAACGGCGACGGUACUAAAAUACUGAAGAAGAGCCUGACCGAGGCGCAAGUGGCUGCCAUCGACCCGUACCCGUUCUAUUUCUCUCCGCCGGCGGUAUCGGGAGUCCUGCACUGCGCCAGCCCGCCGGAGGACGCGCUGCGGGGCGCGCUCAUCGGGCUGGGCUAUCGCGUGACGCGCAGCCACUGCAAGGCCGGCAGCAUGAAGACGGACGCGCCGUGGUCCGUCAUCUGGCACGUCUUCCGGGAGUGGGUCCGCCAGAAAGCACCGGUCAAGGAGGAGAACAUCAAGCCUGGCAGCGUCGCCUACCGGCUUUUGAGGCUGGACAAGAAGGCCGCCGAGCAACCGAAGCCGGAUGAGACGACGCCCGCGGACGAUGGCGAGCAGGCGAGCGCCGCGGAAGGGCCCCAGUCCGAUGAGAAGCCGGUGGGAAGCGGCGGGGAGAGCAAGACGCCGGAGGUCGUAUUUGACGAGCGACUCGGGCGCUACGAUGACAAGGGCAAGUACAUCCGGUACCAGGUAAAUCCGAGGGAGAAUUGGGGCCCGAUGAACAGGGCCAAAGGGAAGUAAACUACUGGGAUCGAGGCGCUGAGGA